AUGCUCCGCGCAAGCCCAGAGGCUCUGGUGCUACUGGGAGCUCUACUGACUGGACCUCUGGGUCCAGCGGGAGGCCAGGACGCACUCUCACUGCCCUGGGAAGUGCAGCGCUAUGACGGGUGGUUCAACAACUUGAGGCACCACGAGCGAGGCGCUGCUGGCUUUCGGCUGCAGCGCCGAGUCCCCGCCAACUACGCGGAUGGAGUUUAUCAGGCUCUAGGUGAGCCGCUGCUACCUAACCCCCGCCAGCUCAGCAACGCAGCCACCAAAGGGACAGCGGGGCAAGCCUCGAGUCGCAACCGCACGGUGCUGGGCGUCUUCUUUGGCUACCACGUGCUCUCGGACCUGGUGAGUGUAGAGAGACCCGGCUGCCCCGCAGAGUUCCUCAACAUCCGCAUCUCCCCCGGAGACCCUGUGUUCGACCCCAACAAGCGCGGGGACGUGGUGCUGCCCUUUCAGAGGAGCCGCUGGGACCCCGAGACUGGACAGAGCCCCAGUAACCCCCGGGACCUGAGCAACCAGGUGACAGGCUGGCUGGACGGCAGCGCCAUCUAUGGCUCCUCGCACUCCUGGAGCGACGCGCUGCGGAGCUUCUCGAGGGGGCAAUUGGCGUCCGGGCCCGACCCCGCCUUCCCUCGGGAAGCACAGGACCCGCUGACCAUGUGGACCGCGCCCGACCCCGCCACCGGCCAGCGCGGGCCCCGGGGGCUGUACGCCUUCGGGGCGGAGCAAGGGAACCGCGAGCCCUUCCUGCAGGCGCUGGGGCUGCUGUGGUUCCGUUACCACAACCUGUGUGCGCAGAGGCUGGCCCAGGAGCACCCGCGCUGGGGGGACGAGGAGCUGUUCCAGCACGCGCGCAAGAGGGUCAUCGCCACCUACCAGAACAUCGCUCUGUAUGAGUGGCUGCCCAGCUUCCUAAAUAAAACAACCCCAGAGUAUAAAGGGUACCAGCCCUUCCUGGACCCCAGCAUCUCCCCGGAGUUCCUGGCGGCUUCUGAGCAGUUCUUCUCCACCAUGGUGCCCCCAGGCAUCUAUAUGAGAAAUGCCAGCUGUCAUUUCCAGAAAGUCCUGAACAAGGAUUUGGACAGCUCCCCGGCUCUCAGAGUCUGCAACAGCUACUGGAUUCGAGAGAACCCCAAUCUGAACAGUGCCGAGGCGGUGAACCAACUGCUGCUGGGAAUGGCUUCCCAGAUUUCAGAGCUGGAGGACAGGAUAGUGGUUGAAGAUCUGAGGGAUUAUUGGCCUGGCCCUGGCAAAUUCUCCCGUACAGACUACGUGGCCAGCAGUAUCCAGCGUGGACGAGAUAUGGGGCUACCCAGCUAUUGCCAGGCCCUGCUGGCCUUGGGCCUGAGGACCCCGAAGAACUGGAGUGAGGUCAAUCCCAACCUUGAGCCCCAGGUGCUGGAGGCCACAGCUGCCCUGUACAACCAAGACCUAUCCCAGCUGGAGCUGCUUCCUGGAGGGCUGUUGGAGAGCCACGGGGACCCAGGACCCCUCUUUAAAGCCAUUGUCUUCGACCAGUUUGUGCGACUGCGAGAUGGUGACCGCUACUGGUUUGAGAACAGGAAGAAUGGGCUAUUCUCUGAGGAGGAGAUUGCAGAAAUUAGAAACAUUACUCUGCGGGAUGUGUUGGUGGCUGUCACCAACGUGGAAUCCAGUUCCCUGCAGCCCAAUGUCUUUGUCUGGCAUGAAGGUGCACCCUGCCCUCAGCCCCAGCAACUCACAACCGACGACUUGCCACCCUGUGUGCCCCUGACUGUGUUGGACUACUUUGAGGGCAGUGGUCCUGGUUUUGGCAUCACCAUUGUGGUUCUCUGCUUCCUUCCCUUAGUGAGUCUGCUCAUCUCUGGGGUGGUGGCCUAUUUCCGGGGUCGAGAGCACAAGAAGCUACAAAGGAAAGGCAAAGAGAGUGUGAAGAAGGAAGUAACCAAAGAUGGGGUGCCAGCGAUGGAGUGGCCAGGCCCUAGGGAGAAGAGCUAUCCCAUCAUCAUCCAGCUGCUCUCAGAUGGGUGUCUGCAGGUCCUGGACAGGCGGCUCUCUGUGCUGCGCACUGUUCAGCUGCGGCCCCCACAGCAGGUCAACCUCAUCCUAUCCAGCAACCAUGGGUGCCAGACCCUGCUGCUCAAGAUCCCCAAGGAGUAUGACCUGGUGCUGCUGUUUAACUCUGAGGAGGAGCGAGGCACCUUUGUGCAGCUUCUGAAGAGCUUCUGUGUGCAGUGGGCCCUUGACCUCAACGUGUGGGAGAUGGGCGAGAAGGAGCUAUUCAGGAAGGCCGUGACCAAGCAGCAACGGGGACGCAUCCUUGAGAUCUUUUUCAGGCACCUUUUUGCCCAGGUGCUAGACAUUAACCAGGAAAAUGCAGGGACCCUGCCCCUGGACUCUUCACAGAAGGUGCAGGAGGCCCUGACUUGUGAGCUGAGCAGGGCUGAGUUUGCUGAGUCUCUGGGCCUCAAGCCCCAGGACAUGUUUGUGGAGUCCAUGUUCUCUCUGGCUGACAAGGAUGGCAAUGGCUACCUGUCCUUCCGGGAGUUCCUAGAUGUCCUGGUGGUCUUCAUGAAAGGCUCCCCAGAGGAUAAGUCCCGCCUGAUGUUCACCAUGUAUGACCUUGAUGAGAACGGCUUCCUCUCCAAGGAUGAGUUCUUCACCAUGAUACGGUCCUUCACUGAGAUCUCCAAUGACUGCCUAUCUAAGGCCCAGAUGGCUCAAGUGGUGGAGUCCAUGUUCCAGGAAUCAGGCUUCCAGGACAAGGAUGAGCUGACAUGGGAGGACUUCCACUUCAUGCUGAGGGACCAUGACAGCGAGCUCCGCCACACACAGCUCUGCGUCAAAGGUGGAGGUGGAGGUGGUCCAGGUAUCAGAGAUCUUUUUAAACAAAACAUCAGCUCUCGAGUCUCAUUCAUCACUCGGACUCCUCAGGAACGUGGACUGGGGAUUCCUGCCUCAGAAGCCCCAGAGCUGGGAGGCCCUGGACUUAAGAAGAGGUUUGGCAAGAAGAUGAUGAUGCCCCCUCCCCGGCUGUACACGGAGGCACUGCAGGAGAGGAUGAAGCGGGGCUUUCUGGCCCAGAAACUGCGGCAGUAUAAGCGCUUCAUGGAGAACUACCUGCGGCACAUCAUUUGUGUCAUCAUCUUCUCAGCCAUCUGUGCUGGACUGUUUGCAGAGCGGGCUUACUACUAUGCCUUUGUCUCGCCACCCUCUGGCAUUUCAGAGACCACCUUUGUGGGCAUCAUCCUGUCACGGGGCACAGCAGCCAGCAUCUCCUUCAUGUUCUCCUACAUCCUGCUCACCAUGUGCCGCAACCUCAUCACCUUCCUGCGGGAGACCUUCCUCAACCGCUACGUGCCCUUUGACGCCGCCGUGGACUUCCAUCGCUGGGUCGCCAUGGCUGCUGUUGUCCUGGCCAUUUUGCACAGUGCUGGCCACGUGGUCAAUGUCUACAUCUUCUCAGUCAGCCCCCUCAGUCUGCUGUCCUGCAUCUUCCCCAACGUCUUUGUAGAUGAUGGGUCCCAGCUUCCCCAGAAGUUCUACUGGUGGUUCUUCCAGACAGUCCCAGGUAUGACAGGGGUGCUCCUGCUCCUGGUAUUGGCCAUCAUGUAUGUCUUUGCCUCCCACAACUUUCGCCGCCGCAGCUUCCGAGGCUUCUGGCUGACCCACCACCUCUACAUCAUGCUCUACAUCCUGCUCAUCAUCCAUGGCAGCUUUGGCCUGAUUCAGAUGCCCCGCUUCCACAUCUACUUCCUGGUCCCAGCACUCAUCUAUGGGGGCGACAAGCUGGUGAGCCUGAGCCGGAAGAAGGUGGAGAUUAAUGUAAUGAAGGCAGAGCUGCUGCCCUCAGGAGUGACCCACCUGCAGUUCCAGCGACCCCAAGGCUUUGAGUACAAGUCAGGGCAGUGGGUGCGGAUCGCCUGCCUGGCUCUGGGCACCACCGAGUAUCACCCCUUCACACUCACCUCUGCACCUCAUGAGGACACGCUCAGCCUGCACAUCCGAGCCGCGGGGCCCUGGACCACUCGCCUCAGGGAGAUCUACUCACACUCAAAGGGUGACGGCAGUGCCAGAUACCCAAAGCUCUACCUUGAUGGACCAUUUGGAGAAGGCCACCAGGAGUGGCAUAAGUUUGAGGUGUCAGUACUGGUGGGAGGGGGCAUUGGGGUCACCCCCUUUGCCUCCAUCCUCAAAGACCUAGUCUUCAAAUCAUCUUUGGGCAGCCAAAUGCUCUGCAAAAAGAUCUACUUCAUCUGGGUGACACGGACACAGAAGCAGUUCGAAUGGCUGGCUGACAUCAUCCGGGAGGUGGAGGAGAAUGACCACCAGGACUUAGUAUCUGUGCAUAUCUAUAUUACCCAGCUGGCAGAGAAAUUUGACCUCAGGACCACCAUGCUGUACAUCUGUGAGCGGCACUUCCAGAAGGUGCUGAACCGGAGUCUGUUCACGGGUCUGCGCUCUGUGACUCACUUUGGCCGCCCCCCCUUUGAACCCUUCUUCAACUCCCUGCAGGAGGUCCACCCACAGGUGAGGAAGAUUGGGGUGUUCAGCUGUGGCCCUCCAGGAAUGACCAAGAAUGUAGAGAAGGCCUGUCAGCUCAUCAACCAGCAAGACCAGGCUCACUUCAUGCACCACUAUGAGAACUUCUGA